AUGCUACAAAAAAAUGUCAGCGUUUUAUUUUGUCGAUCAAUUCGAAGAUUCGCAUCGAGUUUAUCGAAUAUUUAUGCCAACCGAACGCACACUUGUGGAGAGUUGAGAAGUUCGCAUAUAGGUGUGAAAGUUUCUCUUUCUGGAUGGCUCGAGUUUAGACGAAUGGACAAAUUCUUGGUACUUAGGGAUGCAUAUGGUCAAGUUCAAGCGUACAUUCCGGAAAAUCAGCCUGAACUUCGUGAAAUGAUGAAAGAAUUGACUUAUGAAUCUGUACUUCGUUUGGACGGUAUUGUACGCUCAAGGGGAAAAAAUGUAAAUACUAAAAUGCCCACUGGCGAAGUGGAAAUUGAAGUGAACUCAAUCAAUCUUAUCAACGAGGCUCCAAAAGCUUUACCUUUGCGACCAGGAGGGGACGCUUCAGAAGAAACACGAUUGAAAUUUCGAUACUUGGAUCUUCGAACACCGCAAAUGCAAGAAACACUUCGGUUGAGGAGUCGAUUGGUGCACGAUAUGCGACGGUUUUUAGUAGAAAAGCGGGACUUUGUUGAUGUGGAAACUCCGAUAUUAUUUCGACGUACACCGGGUGGAGCAGCCGAGUUUCAAGUUCCUGCACCAAAGCCGAAUCGUGGUCGUUGUUACUCUUUACCUCAAAGUCCACAGCAAUUCAAACAACUACUAAUGGUUGGAGGGCUGGAUAGAUAUUUUCAGAUAGCUCGUUGUUUCCGUGAUGAGGGUAGCAAAAUUGACAGACAACCCGAGUUUACCCAGGUCGACUUGGAACUUUCUUUCACAAAUCAAGAGGGUGUAAUCAAAUUGUUGGAAGACUUGAUAGUUGAAUCAUGGCCGCAACCUCUGGAAAGCUUUCGUCCAAAUGCUCCAUUCAGAAGAAUUUCCUAUAAUGACGCCAUGAAACUUUACGGAACUGACAAGCCGGAUCUGCGAAUACCUUGGAAAAUUCAAGACGCUAGCGAGUUGUUCCCUCAUUUAUUGACAGCCUCAUCUUCAUCCACAGCUGCAUGUGUUGUUUGUGCUGAUGCAGCCGCUUCAGUGACGAACAAAAUUAAACAAGAGUGGAAAAGAUUGAUCGAAAUGAACUCACGUUCUGCGAAGUUUGCGAUUUUUGAUGGUUCUAAAGAGAAAUGGUUCAAAGAAGGACACAAUGUUGAAGAAAUUAAGAGAAAGCUUAAUGUCGGGAGCAACGACCUUUGUGUUAUAAGUUGGGGAAACGAGGAAAACGUUCUUUACACACUCGGUCAAAUGCGAAAUCAUGUAGCUGAGGGUUGCGGCUUACGAAAGAAACAACAAAUGGAAUUUCUCUGGGUAGUCGACUUUCCGUUGUUUGUUGAAGAGGAAGGACGGCUCGUCUCGGCUCACCAUCCAUUUACUGCUCCUGUUGCCGAAGAUUUCGCUUUGUUGAGAGAUCAAGAACGCCGAAAGUCCAUAAGAGGCCAACAUUACGAUCUCGUGCUAAAUGGAGUCGAGCUUGGCGGUGGAUCGAUUCGAAUACACAAUGGACAAGUACAGGAAUAUGUUUUAAAUGAGAUUUUACAAGAAGAUCACACUGAAUUGUCACACUUGAUUGAAGCGCUCAAGCAUGGUGCGCCACCACAUGGUGGUUUCGCCAUUGGACUCGACCGAUAUGUAGCUUUGCUUGUCGGAAAAGGAGAUACCAGUGUGUCCGUGAGAGAGACAAUUGCAUUCCCUAAAUCACACACUGGUCGAGAUGUGAUGUCAGAUGCUCCAGCGAUACCCACGCAAAAACAACUCGACAAAUAUGGAUUCGCAUUUGUUGUGAAAGAUGAGAAAACCACAGAGAAUGAUUCU